AAUAUCAUUACAUAACGCUGUCUAAUAAUCUUAUGAAAUAGGUCACAUGUUCUUCUGAGGCCAGCAUUGUUCUCGCCUGACAGAAAGGAACACAUUCAGCAAACAUCACUUUGCAGAUUACUACCGGCUGAUCUCUGAGACUGAAGUUUGACCUCAAACAUGUCAGGAAUCCUUUGAUAGACCCUCUGACUGUGGGGGAGAGGGCUGCUUCUCUAUCAUGGGGACCAUGCCAUUUCAGCGUGUCUGUGGCAUAUUUGUAAUCCUUGGUGCUUGUCUGAUGUCAUUCACACCACCUUGUGAUGGAGGAAACAUUCUAGUGUUUCCAAUAGAUGGGAGUCACUGGAUCAACAUGAAGAUCCUGCUGGUAGAGCUCCAUGCCAGGGGACACAACCUGACAGUGAUCAGAGCCUCAAACAGCUGGUACAUUGAAGAAAAGUCUCCCCUCUAUACAUCCAUUAGCCUCACAAUGGAAGUGAGCAUGGAGGACUUUUUUGAUGUGUUUGUAAAGGAGAAUAUAAGGGCGCAGAGGGAGGGGGCAUCAUCACUCACUAUCUUCAAACUCAUCAAUGAUUUCUUUUCUAUGAUAACGGAAGCCCAUAGAUUGUGGGCUGAUGCUCUUGCUCGAAUCUUUGAUGAUGAAAAUAUGGUGAAACGCUUACAUGAUGCCAAAUAUGAUCUUGUUCUCACUGAUCCAGCCAUGGCAACAGGAGUCUUUUUAGCGAAGUAUCUGAAACUGCCCUUGGUGCUCAAUGUUCGCUGGAUCACUUCAGGGGAGGGCCACUUUGCGAUUGCCCCCUCACCCCUCUCCUACAUCCCAGCGCCAGGAUCAGGCUUAACAGACAAAAUGAACUUCAUCCAGAGGGUCAAGAACAUACUGUUCCAGAGUGUUGUUGAAUACCAGCAAAGAGUAUUGGUGGGGCCAAAGUAUAAUACCCUCUGUGAUAAAUACAUUGAGGGGGAAUGCAAUAUCAUGUCACUUCUCCAGGAAGCAGACAUUUGGCUGUUCAGGUCAGAUUUUGUGUUUGACUUUCCUCGACCCACGAUGCCAAACGUGGUCUACAUAGGAGGGUUCCAGUGCAAACCAGCUCAGCCUCUGCCAGCAGACCUGGAGGAGUUUGUUCAGAGUGCCGGGGAGCACGGAGUGAUCAUCAUGACUUUGGGAACUUUGGUUAAUGCUUUGCCUGACGACCUUGCUGAUGAAAUCGCCAGCGUCUUUGCCAAGAUGCCCCAGAAGGUGAUAUGGAAGCACAAAGGUAAACAACCCUCUACUUUGGGAAACAACACCCUAAUGGUGGACUGGAUGCCCCAGAAGGACCUCCUGGGCCACCCACAGACCAAAGCCUUUGUAGCUCACGGAGGUACCAACGGAGUCCAGGAGGCCAUUUACCACGGGGUCCCUGUGCUCGGCAUACCGCUGUUCUUUGACCAGUAUGACAAUCUGCUACGCCUGCAGGAGAGAGGAGCUGGAAAGAUCCUUGAGCUAGCUCAUGCCAACAGACGCAGUUUUGAGCAAGCCAUCAAUGAAGUGCUCCAUCAGGACAGCUACAGACAGAACAUUCAAAGGAUGUCGCGUCUGCACAGAGAUCAGCCGAUAGCACCCAUGGAUCAGGCCGUCUUCUGGGUGGAGUAUGUGAUACGCCAUAAAGGGGCUCCUCACCUUCGUACAGAGGCCUAUAAGAUGCCUUGGUACUCAUACUACUCUUUAGAUGUACUGCUGGUAUUGAUGACGGCAGCAUCUGUGCUGCUGCUCUCUACUUUUGCAGUUUUCAGGUUCCUAUGCUGCAGACAAAGAAGAAAGUCCAAAACCAAACAACACUGAUUCACAUCCAAUCUGUAGAGAAAUAUAGUAUGCUGCAAUGAAUUUUGUUAAGUUCUGAAUCCAAAGCAAUUUAAUCUAUUUCUCCUUUUUAUUUAUGAAGUAAAAUGAUAGUCAAUUGAUUUUGCAAAUAUAUGAAUUUAGCAACAGUAAAAACAUUGUUGGUCUAAUUAUUAGUAAACAUGAUUUUGUAUUUUCUUGUAAUAAUAAAGUAUUUAGUAUUUGA